CUGGUGUGUUUCAUACAGUGUAUGGUUUGUUUAUGACGCGGUCCACUGGCUCCGUUAGCUGGACAGCUGAUCAAGUGUAUCCUGUUGUGGAAACGCGCAUUUUGAUGUCUGAUUUUACGCAAUAUACGUUGCGGUGAACGAGACAGAUUUAAAAUAGUGUUGAAAGCUAGUCAGCAAUAGGUGUUGGCCAGUCGAACAACCAGAUUGCAUUUGUUAGCCUAGCAGCAGUUGGCUAGCAUACUUACUGAAACGUAAUGGAGUGACGUUGAACAGGAAAGUGGUUGUUUGACGACGCCCGGGCCAAGCCUUUUUAAAUUAUAACAUUAAUAUCGAGGAGGCAGGAUAAAGAGGGACAAGCGCAUGUGUGCAACACUUACGUCUCUCGCAGGUUAGGCUUUUAGACAGCUGCCUGGCGACUAACUUAGACUAGCAAGCGAGCUAAAUUCACGUUAGCAUGGCGUCAGAUACAAGUGACACCGAGGAAUUCUAUGAUGCUGCCGAGGACGUCAAUUUUACUCCAUCUCCAAAAGUGUCACCUGCAAAGUUUGUCAUUCCUUCGCCUAAGCUUUCGCAGAAAUCCGUUAAUAAUGCACAAGAUGUGAGCUGCGGAGUGGCUGCAUCUGAGACUCAGCAAGAUGAUUCCCUACAGAUCAUUGACAGAAUCAUUGAGGAGAGUCAGAAGGGAAGUGCUGGGGAUGUUGGUGAAGUGGCUCAGCUUUUAGAUCAGCUACAUGUUGAUGUAAGAGCAGAGCCGGAGCAAAAGGAAGAGAUUAAUUCUCAGGAAGUUCCUGUGGAGGUAGCAGCGCCAGCUGUCGAACCCCAGCUUGUUGAGAGGCAAGAGGAACAACAGGAAAGUGCAGCAAGAAAUGGAGCGUGCUCUAUACCUGCCCCUGAGCCAGCAGAUCUCCCCGGGCCAUCAGCUGGGUCACAAGAACAUGUUCAGCCCCCAGACAUCACCAGCACCAUAGGGCAGAGUCAGUCUUUGGGGGCUGCAGAAGUGGAGCAGGAGCAGAGACCUGCAGAUAUCUUAGACCAGGUCCCAUUUACAGACAGGUCAGCUGACUCAGACUCCUCUGGGCCUGCGAAACCCCCACGUCAAUUCACAGUGGAGCCAGACAUUGUAGCCAGCACCAAGAAGCCUCCUCCCUCACGCCCACCUCCUCCCAGUGGAGGUCCUCCACCGAGACCGCCUCCCCCGUCUUGGCAUAGUCUACCUUCCAAGAAGUCUCAGGAGUGUCUGAGGCCAAGUGGACUAGAAGUGUCUGCGGUCAGCAGUGAUGCUCUGGAGCCCUCCGGCCUGGUGUCUCCUAGCAGUACAGUGAGGAGUUUAACCAAAGAGCUGCAGCAUUCCUUGGAUCUGGCCAGCGCCACCAGUGGGGACAAGGUGGUGACAGCACAGGAAAAUGAGGACGAACAGGCCUCAUCUCAGAGCGGAGGACAAACUCCAGGCCCUCAACGUCCACGUUCCAACUCUGGUAGAGAACUGACAGAUGAAGAAAUCCUGGCAAGUGUGAUGAUCAAGAAUCUGGACACUGGUGAAGAGAUCCCUCUAAUUCAGGCAGAGGAAAAACUUCCUGCUGGGAUUAACCCUCUCACUCUGCACAUCAUGAGGAGGACCAAGGAGUACAUUACGAAUGAUGCAGCACAGUCGGAUGAUGAUGACAAGCCUCAGGCUCCACUGGCCGACACAGAUGGAGGAAAACUGAAACAGAAAACAACCCAAUUAAAAAAAUUCCUGGGCAAGUCUGUGAAGAAAGCCAAGCAUCUCGCUGAGGAAUAUGGAGAGAAGGCCGUCAACAAAGUGAAAAGUGUGCGUGAUGAAGUGUUCCAUAACGAUCAGGAUGAUCCAUCAUCCAGUGACGAUGAGGGCAUGCCUUACACCAGGCCUGCCAAGUUCAAGGCAGCACACAGCUUCAAGGGUCCCUUUGACUUUGAUCAGAUUAAGGUCGUGCAGGACCUGAGCGGGGAGCAUAUGGGGGCCGUUUGGACAAUGAAGUUCUCUCACUGUGGGAGGCUGCUGGCAACCGCAGGCCAAGAUAACGUGGUUCGCAUCUGGGUGUUGAAGACCGCCUUUGACUACUUCAAUAACAUGAGAUUAAAGUACAACACUGAAGGUCGAGUUUCACCUUCUCCUUCUCAGGAAAGUUUAUGCUCCUCUAAAUCUGACACUGAUCCUGGGGCAAGUUGUGUUCCAGAGGACCCAGACACAGAAGAUAGGAAUGCCCCUUUCCGCCAAGUCCCCUUCUGCAAGUACAAGGGUCAUACAGCCGAUCUGUUGGACUUGUCCUGGUCUAAGAACUUUUUCCUGCUCUCCUCUUCCAUGGAUAAAACAGUCAGAUUAUGGCACAUAUCCAGGAGAGAGUGUCUCUGCUGCUUUCAGCACAUUGACUUUGUCACAGCCAUCGCUUUUCAUCCCAGAGAUGACAGGUACUUUUUAAGCGGCUCUCUAGAUGGAAAGUUACGGCUGUGGAACAUUCCAGACAAGAAGGUGGCGCUGUGGAAUGAGGUGGAUGGUCAAACACGACUCAUCACUGCUGCCAACUUCUGCCAAAAUGGGAAGUACGCCGUCAUUGGCACCUACGAUGGCCGAUGCAUCUUCUAUGACACAGAGCGUCUGAAAUAUCACACCCAAAUUCAUGUGAGGUCCACCAGAGGCAGGAACAAAGUUGGACGCAAAAUCACUGGCAUUGAACCUUUACCUGGAGAGAAUAAGAUUUUGGUGACCUCAAAUGACUCCCGCAUUCGCCUUUAUGACCUGAGGGACUUGUCUCUGUCCAUGAAGUACAAGGGUUAUGUCAACAGCAGCAGCCAGAUCAAGGCGAGCUUCAGCCACGACUACUCCUUCAUAGUCAGUGGCUCAGAGGAUAAGUAUGUGUACAUCUGGAGCACUUACCACGACCUGAGCAAGUUCACAUCUGUGCGAAGAGACCGCAAUGACUUCUGGGAAGGGAUUAAAGCACACAAUGCAGUGGUCACUUCAGCCAUUUUUGCGCCGCACCCAGGCCUCAUUGUUCCACAAGAAACUGGGGCAGAGAAACCAGAAGCAGAGUGUAAGAGUCUGGAUUCCACGGACUCAGAAACGAUACCCUCAGGAGCCCUUAAGACAGAUCACACAGAGGUCCUUCUCUCUGCGGACUUCACUGGAGCCAUCAAGGUUUUCAUCAAUGUAAAAAAGUACUGAGCAGUUCAGAGGUUGUCAGCUCUUAAUGUUCAGGCCUGUCUGUUGGACACUUGUCCUAAAGAUGCAGGACAACCCAUCAGGAGUCAGCCGUCGUCACGUCAACUACCUAACGGUUAUUGCUCUGAGACAGAAAGCUGACUGUAGCGUUUUCGGGAUAACAGGGACCCUUAAAUGGAAGAUAAGGGAAUAGUUGGAAGAAAUGGACCCUACAAAGCAAACCACAGUGUGAUUCCUUUUCACAUCUUUAACACCAAGCAACUGUGAAUGGUUUGGCAUUAAGAAGAAAAAAAAAAAAAAGGACCCCAUAAUGCCAAACGUGUUUGAGCA